GCGGCCCGGGCGUUUGAUGCGGCAGUCGCAACCGUCAGCUUCGGAACAUCGCAGCUGAAUCGUCGAGCAGCCGAGAGCGAGCGCAGCUACGCACGUGAUAACGCCGCGACGGUUUUGAAUUGGCGCGCGCGGGUUUUAUUUUUGUGCGACACAUUGUGAAUUGAUUAAGCCACGUUUCCUGAGGGGUGAUUUUUUGGCGAGGAAUUUUCGCAAUUUAAUGAGACACAAAUAAAAUCAAAAAAUUCAUCUGUACAAGCACGCAGCAAAAAAGCGAAUUAUCGCAAGGCACAGCAAGGCAAAUUUAAUUUGUCGCGAAGGUAUUGGAAAAAGUUUGAAAGAAAAUUGGCAACAGAUGUUUUCAUGGACCGUGCGAUUAAGUAGUCGAGAAAUUUGAAGCGACAAGUUUUAAAUUAUUUACUUAUCGAUUAUACGUUAGCCGGAUUUUAUACUCAAGCAUAAGGAAACAUGUGAAUUGAAUUAAAGGAAUUUUUAAGGAGUACUGUAACUGUACAUCCAUGGAUGUCCUUGCGGGAUGUGGUGGAGGCGCAAGACAACUUUUAAAGGUGGUGAAAAGUCGUGACUCGCGCUAGCAAAGAAAAAAAAAUGAACGUGGAACGGGGUGCGGGUUGCGCCCCAAAGCCGGAGUACCGCGACAGCAGCCGCAGAAGCGGGUGGUGGUGACGAAGCGCCGCCACCUUCGCCGCCAUGCGUCCGCCGCCCCUUGCAAGACACUCGUGCGCGUGUGCGCUGAUUCGCUUUGUCGUCGCCUCGGUCGUGUUCGUCGGGCUGGUGGAGGAGUCGGGCGCCGGCGCCUCGCUGCUCGUGCACAAGUACAGCACCAGGGUGGUGCGCACCAAGUACGGCCCGCUGAGGGGCGUCAUGAUACACAUACACCCGCCGGUCGAGGCCUUUCUGGGAGUGCCGUACGCCACGCCGCCAAUCGGAAGUCUGAGGUAUAUGCCCCCAGUGACCCCCUCUACGUGGCGAAACACCCGACUGGCGGACCGUUUCGGUGCCGUAUGCCCGCAAAGGCCACCGGACAUCGGAAACAGAUCGGAGGCGCUUCUGGAAUAUCCAAAAGGUCGCCUACUAUAUCUAGAAAAAUUGUUACCACUGCUGGCCAAUCAGAGCGAGGACUGCCUCUACCUCAACCUAUACGUACCGCGCACAGCUACCGGAGACGAGGAGCCCGCCCCGCUGCCCUGCGUAGUUUACGUGCACGGGGAGAGCUACGAGUGGAACUCGGGAAACCCUUACGAUGGCACUGUCUUGGCUUCCAGUGGCAGAGUUAUCGUUGUAACUAUCAAUUUUCGACUGGGAGUUUUAGGUUUCCUUAAGACUGGCACCAAAGGCAGCGCCCAGGGGAAUUUCGGCCUAAUGGACCUCGUCGCGGGACUGCACUGGCUCAGAGAGAACCUGCCCGCUUUCGGGGGCGAUCCCGAGCGCGUCACCUUGAUGGGCCACGGGACGGGAGCGGCCCUCGUCAAUUUCAUUGCCGUAUCGCCAGUCGCAAAAGAACUCUUGCAUAGAGUCAUUCUUCUAAGUGGUUCAGGGCUGAGUCCCUGGGCCCUGCAGAGGGACCCGCUCUUGGUUAAAAGAACAGUCGCCAAACAUACUGGUUGUCAUGGUGAUUUGCAUGAUGACGAUCUGGCACCCUGUUUGAGGCUGAAACAGCUUAAUCAACUGCUCAAUGUUAAGGUGGAGGCUCCCAGAUUUCUACCAGGUUUUGCCCCAUUCAUCGACGGCACAAUCCUGCUGAACCCCGCCACCACCCCUCCGACUUCCAGCUCCUCGACGGUGGCGACAUCUGCCGGCUUCGAGCUGGCCGACUUCCCCAAACGAGACCUCCUCUUCGGGCUCGCCAGCACCGAGUCCUAUCUGGACUUGAACGCCCAGGACUUGGAGUUCGGUUUCAACGAGACGAAGCGCGACAGAGUGCUGAGGACUUACGUGCGCAACUCGUACUAUUAUCAUUUGAACGAGAUUUUUUCCACGUUGAAGAACGAGUACACGGACUGGGAGAAGCCGACGCAGAAUCCGUUGAGCGUUCGCGACGCCACCUUGGACGUGCUGAGCGACGGUCACACGGCGUCGCCGCUGAUCCGCGUCGGCUAUUUGCACAGCUUGAGCGGCGGGAAGACGUUUUUUUUGCAUUUUCAGCAUCACAGCGGCGAGAGGGAUCUACCUAUGAGAACCGGAAGUGUUCGUGGCGAGGACUUGCCUUACGUUUUGGGGCUUCCGCUGAUAGGCGGUGGACCGUUUUUUCCGCACAACUACAGCCACACGGACGCCGCAGUGUCGAAAACUUUGAUUCACUACAUCAGCAACUUCAUACGUAAAGGGGACCCGAAUGGCGCUGUUCCAAAUGCCUCGGCGUCCGAGGCCAAGAGCGGACCGCUCCACACGCUCCACGACGAAGGCAUAGGCGGCGGCCCGAGUGCCACCCCCUACUGGGACACGUACGACACCAUCAACCAAUUCUAUUUGGAACUAGGAAACCGUCCGGAACGAAGGGAUCAUUACAGGGGACAUAAAAUGUCGCUUUGGCUGAAUCUCAUACCCCAGCUGCACCGGCCAGGCGAAGGAGGAGACGACAUCUCCAUGAGACAUCAUCAUUUCCAAGAGGAAGAUGAUCAAUACUACGACGGUUCGGUCCGUCCGCAGACCAAAGACAUGCCGCCGGUGGCGCACGUGAUCCCGCCGCCUCACUCGACGGCCACCUCCGUACGCGCGGCGCCCGCCACCACGGCGCAGACGCCGCCGCCGCCAAAAUCAGACACCGCCCUUCAAGCCACCACGACCGAAUGCCCGCCAAACCAAACGCUACCGACCAUAAUCAAAAACACCAACAGCAACAACUUACUGAGAAAGCUCGCUUCCAGCCAUUACCAAAGUUACACGACCGCUCUUACGGUGACCAUAGCGGUCGGGUGCUUUCUACUGCUGCUGAACGUGCUGAUAUUCGCGGGUAUUUACCAUCAGCGCGACAGAGGAAAGAGCAAGCAGAAGCAGAAGGAGGAGCUGGCAGAAGCUGGCAGCUGCAGCAGCGGUUCCGGCGAAGCUUACUAUAACAAGUCGUACAAUCUCCAAAGAGCAGGCAGCUUCGAGAGGAAGCCCACUCACAGCGAGUAUGAUAAAAGGACUUUAGCGGACUUGCAAAUGACCGAGCUUCCCUUACAGGAAUUCAACUCGUCUCCUCCACCCGCUAAAAGGCCGGCGGCAGAGUCGAGUUCGAAAACCUAUCCGCCAGAUGUCACCAGCGACGCGGAGGCGUUGAGCAACGUGGUGUCGAGUCCGAGCAUUCCGGAGCCGCCGCCGCCGCCCAAAAAUCAGCCACCCGCUCAGGGUUACCACCAUCAGCACCACCAUCAGCAGCAGCAGCAGCAGCAACAGGUCGGUAUUCUGAGGCCGCACGGGGCGCCAACCACUCCGGGGACCAUGAAAAAACGGGUGCAGAUCCAGGAGAUCAGCGUUUAAGUGUUUCUAAAUUAUGUGUGGACUCGCGACUUCUUUUUGUAAAUUAAAUCAAAUCAAAUCAUAUCUGACUGAUGAUUUUUAAAGCUAGUUAAAUAAACGCACUGUGAUUGUCAUAACAUUUACUGUAAAAACAAUUUUUUGCUGUUAAAUGUUUUAUUCCACUUUAUUAUUAAUAAUAAUAAUAUUGCAGGAACACUAAUGCAGGAAUCAAAAAUAGGAUUGAACAACUAAAGAAUACAUUAUUGAAAAUUUAAUAAAUUUGGAAAUUUAAAUAAAUUACAACAACUUCGAUUUUUUUGAAAUUUCUCAAAUUUUGGAAAAUUUAAAAUUGUGCAUUUUCGAAAUUUUGAGUUUUCUGGAAAUUUAUAAAAAUUUGAAUACUUAUAUUGAAAAUUCAAGAAAUUUUAAAAUUUGUCCUACCAUUUUUUAUAUUUAUGAGACUGUG